GACUUUACCUUUUAUUUUCUGUUUUAUAUGUCUGGCCUCUUUUCAUCACUGACUAGGUUUAAGGAGUUGACUUUGGGUGAGAUGGUUCGUUAGACAGCAAAAGUCUUUGUUAAGCUCAACUUCUGCCAAUCUAAGUAACUUGCUGGGUCAAUUCCAAAAUUAAGAAUAAUUCUCCUGUUUGUGUUUUCCCUGUCCCCAACAGAUGUCCGUUAUCCUCACCGGUCUUAUCCAGUUCUUUCGGCCACUGCUAUCGUCCCUCUCUGGAGUACUCGAGUGCAAGGGUGUCGCACCAUGGUACUUCCUCACAGGUCUUCGCAUUGUGGCCAUCUUCUUCUCCAGCGGGCCCUGGGAUUCCUUGAAGCAGGACGUAGUCUGCAAUUGGGUGGCCCCAACACAAGACAAAUCAAAGGAAUUCUGCACAGUCCUGUGCCAAAACCAAUAUUUCCCACUCGCAGUUUCAUCCACGGCGGCGUUGUCGUUCUUGAUCGUGAUCCUCCUGGUGGGCCUUAUGAGGCUCACCGUCCCGAGGAAAAAGAAAGAGGAUGAGAACAACAAAAUCACUGGUAGCACCAGUGAGAGUAGUGGCAGAGGUGUGGCUGUAGUUGCUGCUGGACCAAGUGGGGCAUCCUCUGUUUACUUGGCUGGACCUCGUGGUCUUCCAAUGCGCUAUGAUAACACUGAUCCCCGAUUUCACCAUCACCGAUACUUUCACCCCAGUGUUUGGCAUGAUUGGGGUGGCAGGCCUAUGGCCCACAUUUCUGGAGGCCAUCAUCCCAAUGUUGGCUUGCAGCCAUAUGGAGGCUACAGCAUGCCUCCUUACUUUGGAUACCCUGACCCAUCAGAAAUGCCUGACCACCACCAUGGUAUGUCUCAACACACAAUGACUGCAUACCCAACAGAUAUGCAACAUGCCAGGAUGACAACCCAUGGCCCCGAAACAGAUCAAUACGAAAUGCCUUCCCUUCAAAGUUCUAAAGAAUCAAUCAAUGCUCCUAGCGGCUAUGCACCUGCUCCCAUGGUAUAUAAAAGUAAAAUGCCUCCUCAUUAUCGGUCUGAGGAGAAAGAUCAUGAAAGUUUCCAACAGAGGUACAGAAGCCCUAAAGAAUAUGGUGACGGUACUGACUAUGCAUACACCAUGGGUAGAACGUCUCUGGGGAGAAACAAGGUGAACCCCAGAUACUCCGAAGAAAGCAAAUAUAGUAUGGCAACCAAAUGUAAAACAAACUCCGAAAGCCACGUGGACCAAAUUGAGGCCCAUCCUAAGCCAGAUGCCAUGAACAUGGCCAUCAAACGUAGGCCAGUUCCCAGAUGGAAAAUGAAAACCAAACAGCAAUUAGCUUUUGAUGCUCCUGGUAGGAGUGACAUGGUGUUUGACAAGAAGAUGGGGCCCCAACCAUGGAUGGCAGAGGAUUCCCACUGUAGAUCAAGGGAUGAAAAUAAAGCCAUGACAGGGGCUGCCACGGCCCCUGGACCGACUCCACCUUGCCCUGGUGGUGCAGCAUGUACAUGUGCUGGGAAUAAUCCAUGCCACCCAGGCCCUUCAUCUCAACCCCAGAGUGGCCCGGGUUCCAAUGCUGCGCCCACCUCUAAUACACGAUCGAUAGCUGGCCCACAGGAUCAUGCCAAGUUGCUCCUCGCAAACAUCUGUGGCGUCCCUCUCUUUGACAUCUGGGUGGCGCUUCUCCUAACAAGUGAGACUUGCUUUCUGUGUGUUAUACUUCUCCUCCAGAUGCCCAGAGUGGUUGGCCGUGCCUGGGUCUGCUCUCCAGAUGCUGCCAGUUGCCCUGAAGUGGUUGAAUGUGCCGUGAAAGGAAGGGCUGAAAAACGGAUGGCAUUAUGGGGGAUGGCGUUCACCUCCAUCCUUUUCAUAAUAGCCUGUUGUGGCUACUUUCACAUACGGUUCUGCUGUAACAAAAGGUGUCGCCGCAUAUGCAGUGAGCCUCAGGGGAGUUGCCCAGGAGCUUGUGCUGAGGAGAUAGCACCGGAAGGCCAUGUGAUUAGGGAUGUAGAAAAUGGCGGUGAGGAGCCGGAGGAAGGCUUAUAAGAAGAUGGCAGGAGAGUGAAAGGAAUUGUUGACAAGU